AUGUCCGGCUACGACCGACACAUCACUAUCUUCUCCGACCAGGGUCGCUUGUAUCAAGUCGGUAUGUUCUUUGACCCCACCCUCAAAAAACUCCAGCUCUGCGAAAACCCCCCCCCAAAAUCGGCCAACACCUCGUUAUUAUCGACCACCACUGACAACCAAAUCUACUCUCCAGAAUAUGCGUUCAAGGCCAUCACCUCUGCCAACAUCACCUCCAUCGGUAUUCGAGGCAAGGACUGUGCCGUUGUGCUCUCUCAGAAGAAAGUUGCCGACAAAUUGAUCGACCCUUCCUCCGUUUCACAUGUGUUCAGAAUCUCUCCUUCUGUGGGCUGUGUGAUGACUGGAUCGAUAGCAGAUGCUCGCGCUUCCGUCGACCGGGCCCGUGGUGAGGCUGCGGAGUUCCGCUACAAGUUCGGAUAUGAGAUGCCCUGUGACGUUCUCGCAAAGCGAUUGGCAAAUAUCAACCAGGUCUACACACAACGCGCCUACAUGCGACCACUCGGCGUUGCCACAACCCUGAUCUCCGUUGACGAUGAGAACGGUCCCUCGCUCUACAAAUGUGACCCGGCCGGAUACUACGUUGGGUACAAGGCCACAGCCUCGGGUCCCAAGCAGCAGGAGGCGCUGAACUACCUCGAGAAGAAGCUGAAGAACAAGGAUUGUGCGCAGGGCAACUGGGAAGAAGUAGUGGAGCUGGGCAUCACUGCCCUCAGCAAUGUGCUGAGUGUCGACUUUAAGAAGCACGAGCUGGAGAUUGGCAUUGUGGGCGGACCCAAGGCAGAUGGCGAGAGCACCACGACAGGGUUCCGUGCCUUGACGGAGGAAGAGAUUGAUGAACGGCUACAGGCCAUCGCUGAGAAGGACUAA